AUGAAUUCCCGGGCUCUACACUCAUGUAACAAACUCUCACAAAGUUCGAGGCUCAGCACUCCUGUAACAACCUCCUCACUGAUUCCUGGGCUCAGCACUCCAGUAACAACCUCCUCACAGAUUCCCGGGCUCGGCACUCCUGUAACAACCUCCUCACAGAUUCCUGUGCCAGGCAAUCAUGUAACAACCUCCUCACAGAUUCCCGGGCUCAUCACUCAUGUAACAACCUCCUCACAGAUUCCCGGGCUCGGCACUCAUGUAACAACCUCCUCCCAGAUUCCCGGGCACGGCAAUUAUGUAACAACCUCCUCACAGAUUCCCGGGCAGGGCACUCAUGAAACAACCUCCUCACAAAUUCCCAUGCUUGGCACACCUGUUACAACCUCCUCACAGAUUCUCAGGCUAGGCACUCCUGUAACAACCUCCUCACAGAUUCCAUGGCUAGGCACUCCUGUAACAACCUCGUCACAGAUUCCCAGGCUAGGCACUCCUGUUACAACCUCCUCACAGAGUCCCAGUGAGGCUAGGCACUCCUAUUCCCAGGAUAGGCACUCCUGUAACAACCUCCUCACAGAUUCCCAGGCCAGCACUCCUGUAACAACCUCCUCACAGAUUCCCAGACUAGGCACUCCUGUAACAACCUCCUCACAGAUUCCCAGGCUAGGCACUCCUGUAACAACCUCCUCACAGAUUCCCAGGCUAGGCACUCCUGUAGCAACCUCCUCACAAAUUCCCAGGCACGGCACUCCUGUAACAACCUCCUCACAGAUUCCCAGGCUAGGCACUCCUGUAUUAACCUCCUCACAGAUUCCCAGGCUAGGCACUACUGUAACAACCACCUCACAGAUUCCCAGGCUUGGCACUCCUGUAACAACCUCCUCACAGAUUCCUGGGCUCGGCACUCCUGUAACAACCUCCUCACAGAUUCCCAAGCUAGGCACUCCUGUAACAACCUCCUCACUGAUUCCCAGGCACUGCACUCCUGUUACAACCUCCUCACAGAUUCCCAGGCUAGGCACUCCUGUAACAACCUCCUCACAGAUUCCCAGGCACAGCACUCCUGUAACAACCUCCUCACAGAUUCCCGGGCUUGGCACUCCUGUAACAACCUCCUCACAGAUUCCCAGGCUAGGCACUCCUGUAACAACCUCCUCACAGAUUCCCAGGCUAGGCACUCCUGUAACAACCUCCUCACAGAUUCCCGGGCUAGGCACUCCUGUUACAACCUCUUCACAGAUCCCAGAUUCCCGGGCUUGGCACUCCUGUAACAACCUCCUAACAGAUUCCCGGGCUCGGCACUCCUGUAACAACCUCCUCACAGAUUCCCAGGCUAGGCAUUCCUGUAACAACCUCCUCACAGAUUCCUGGGCUCGGCACUCCUGUAACAACCUCCUCACUGAUUCCAAGGCACGGCACUCCUGUAACAACCUCCUCACAGAUUCCCAGUCUAGGCACUCCAGUAACAACCUCCUCACAAAUUCCCAGGCUUGGCACUCCUGUAACAAUCUCCUCACAGAUUCCCAGGCUAGGCACUCCUGUUACAACCUCCUCACAGAUUCCCAGGCUAGGCACUCCUGUAACAACCUCCUCACAAAUUCCCGGGCUUGGCACUCCUGUAACAACCUCCUCACACAUUUCCAGGCUAGGCACUCAUGUAACAACCUCCUCACAAAUUCCCAGGCUAGGCACUCCUGUAACAACCUCCUGACAGAUUCCCAGGCUAGGCAUUACUGUAACAACCUCCUCACUGAUUCCCAGGCUCGGCACUCAUGUAACAACCUCCUCACUGAUUCCCAGGCAUGGCACUCCUGUAACAACCUCCUCACAGAUUCCCAGGCUCGGCACUCAUGUAACAACCUCCUCACUGAUUCCCAGGCACUGCACUCCUGUUACAACCUCCUCACAGAUUCCCAGGCUAGGCACUCCUGUAACAACCUCCUCACAGAUUCCCAGGCACAGCACUCCUGUAACAACCUCCUCACAGAUUCCCAGGCUCGGCACUCAUGUAACAACCUCCUCACUGAUUCCCAGGCAUGGCACUCCUGUAACAACCUCCUCACAGAUUCCCAGGCUCGGCACUCAUGUAACAACCUCCUGACAGAUUCCCAGGCUAGGCACUACUGUAACAACCUCCUCACAGAUUCCCAGGCUCGGCACUCAUGUAACAACCUCCUCACUGAUUCCCAGGCAUGGCACUCCUGUAACAACCUCCUCACAGAUUCCCAGGCUCGGCACUCAUGUAACAACCUCCUCACUGAUUCCCAGGCAUGGCACUCCUGUAACAACCUCCUCACAGAUUCCCAGGCUCGGCACUCCUGUAACAACCUCCUCACAGAUUCCCAGGCUCAGCACUCCUGUAACAACCUCCUCACAGAUUCCCAGGCUAGGCACUCCAGUAACAACCUCCUCACAGAUUCCCAGGCACGGCACUCCUGUAACAACCUCCUGACAGAUUCCCAGGCUAGGCACUACUGUAACAACCUCCUCACUGAUUCCCAGGCAUGGCACUGCUGUAACAACCUCCUCACAGAUUCCCGGGCUCGGCACUCAUGUAACAACCUCCUCCCAGAUUCCCGGGCACGGCAAUCAUGUAACAACCUCCUCACAGAUUCCCGGGCAGGGCACUCAUGA